CUUAGUGCAGAACCACCCGACAGUCGCCAGUCGAGCCCCGUGUCUCGUCGGCGAAACACACCCUCAACCCUCCUUUCGAAACCAAAACGAACCCCGACGAUCGAAGAACGCUCGCCAUUGAAUGAUCGAUCGAUCAAUCGAUCGAUCGAUCGAUCGAUCGAAGAUGUGCUACUGAUUUGAAUCCAACGCAAGAUUUUACCAGCAGUUUAAUAGAAAAAGACGUAUUAGUAGUGCCCGAUGCUGGUACUCGGUGGUUCUAGGGGUUGUCAUCUUUGUGGCGCAAUGAGAUCGAAGACUCUCGAUUAAGACGUCGCGUCGCAUCAACAAGGAUUUCUCCGCGAACCGACCAUGGUGGAUAAAUUGCACGAGUACGAGGGAUUUGCUGGGAGGGUUCACGACGUCCGUGACAAGAUCAAGGAGAAGUGGGAUGUCUGGAAGGAAUGGAAAAACGGUAUACCCUUGGAUCAGGGGAUCGAAGGGAUAUUAAACCACCUUCGGGGACCGCCGAAAUUGGAGAGGAGUUUGGAGGACUAUGCGCAUGUUUACAGGAAGAAGACACGAGGGGAACUGGUACGUGUGUCUGCAGCCGUGAUGGGAAUCGAAUUUUCGUACGCUGCUGAAACCGCGUUCGUUUCGCCGACGCUGUUGAAAAUCGGGGUGGAUCAUCAACACAUGACACUCGUUUGGGCGCUCAGCCCCCUGAUCGGAUUCUUCGUCACUCCGAUUCUGGGGAGCUUGAGCGACAGAUGCAGAUCAAAGUACGGGAGAAGAAGGCCGUUCAUUAUGAUGUUGGCGCUUGGGGUGCUAAUAGGGUUGAUACUGGUUCCGAAUGGCGAGAACAUGGGUUAUGCUUUCGGCGACACACCGACCACUCACGGCAAUUAUACCGCGCCUGUUGGCCACCGAACCACGGCGAAACAAACGAAAGAAGAUGCCGUGAAACCAUCCUCGCACUCCUGGGGAAUCUUCUUCACGAUUUUAGGAACGGUUCUCCUCGAUUUCGACGCCGACGCCUGUCAGAGUCCGGCCAGAGCUUAUCUGCUCGACGUCACCACACCUGAGGAUCAUGCCAAAGGACUCAGCACGUUCACCAUAAUGGCUGGCUUGGGCGGUUUUAUGGGAUACGGUUUAGGCGGUAUUAACUGGGACGCCACGACGAUCGGAGUGAUGCUUGGCGGGCACCUUCACGCAACGUUCACGCUAAUCACUAUUAUAUUCGUGAUCUGUGUAUUCUGCACAAUCACCAGUUUCAAGGAGAUCCCUCUGGAACUGUUGGAAAGGGAGGAGUACCAGCAGCUCCACGACCAAAAGAUGUCCAUCGAAGGAGGACUAGCACAAGAGGAACAGAAGGAGCACGAUAAAAUCACAACAGAAGAGUCCGCGUCGUACGGGACCCUGGACAAUAAUCAGGAUAUUGUCGCGAGAAAAGAUGAAUUUGUCCUAAAGCCUAUUCCGGUGCAGGAGCCAGAGAGAAGGGCCGGUCAAGUGCCCAUGGUGCCCAUAGUGCCGGACAUCGCCGUGGCACACGACCCCAAUUACGGAAAAUCCGACUUCGAGGAGAUCGCUGACGCGAAUCCAAAAGCGACUUUAAGGGAAUACCUGAUGUCAAUCGUAUACAUGCCGCACAGUCUUCGGAUGGUGUGCUUGACGAAUUUGUUCUGCUGGAUGGCCCACGUCUGCUAUUCCCUAUACUUUACAGAUUUUGUCGGGGAAGCUGUUUAUGGCGGCGAUCCGCAAGCACCGGAGGGCAGCAAGGAACGAGAACUGUACGAAAGCGGGGUCCGUUUUGGUUGCUGGGGCAUGUCCAUGUACUCGCUGUCCUGCUCGUGUUACUCUUUGAUCAUCGAGAGACUGAUAGAACGCUACAAAGCACGAAGGGUCUACGUCUGCGGCCUGUUGUUCUACAGCACCGGGAUGAUGAUGAUGGCGUUGACAAAGCAUCCCGUGGGAGUGAUCAUUUUCUCUUGGACAGCCGGAGUUAUGUAUUCCACUCUGUUCACCAUGCCAUAUUUAUUAGUCGCGCAUUACCACGCUUCGUCGACGUUCGAGGUGACAGCCGACGGAGAAGCCGUGCAAAGCGAAGGUGUGCGAGGUCUUGGCACCGACGUCGCUAUCGUCUCCUCGAUGGUCUUCUUGGCGCAAUUCUUGCUUUCCUGUUGUCUGGGGACGAUCGUCAGCAAAUCCGGGACCACCACGGCGGUGGUUUGCGUGGCGAGCACCCUCGCCGCCUGCGGGGCCAUUUCCGCGACGCAGAUCAUGUACCUGGAUCUCUAAACACAACCCGUAACCCAUAACACACACACACACACCGGAACAU